ACUUUCUUAUUUAAUAUGACAAAACAAAAUACUAUAGCUUAAACACGCGGAUGUCAUGGAUAUAACAACUGCUUGUUUUAUCCUUUUUAUUUUUGUAAAUAUCGAUAACUUAAAUGGACAACAUGCGGUUGUAUCACAGGAUACCCAGAACUACAAAUCAAGUGACAUUUGCGACAUCAUUAAAUUUGCAAGGGAGACUGAUUUGAUAGUGCAAAACUGUGACACUGGUAAAGACGGCUCUCAAGUGUGUUUUGUAAGCGAUGGAGAACGUACUUACGAAUACAAAUGCGUCGAAGAAUCAUGGAAAUUAUCCACUGGGACAGGUAGAACAUACCACCAUGGGAGGCAGAAAAGGUUCAUUGACUGGCUUUUUGGGGGAUUAAUUACGUUAUUUGCUGUGGUAAUUUAUUGUGAUGUUUUCGGCGAAUGUUUUGAAAAAGAAGUAGACCAAGGAAAAAUAUAUACUAACCCUCCUGAGUAUAAAAACUGCCCAAAAAGUGGAGCGGUGUACACGGCCUUAAGUCAGGAAAAGUCUGUGAAAGUAACGUGGGAAGAACCAAAAGCAGAAGACGACGAGGAAGUAGUUAGCGAAACCCAAACACAUAACAAUGGAGAUGAAUUCAAAGGUAGUCCGGACGGACUAAAGUACAUAGUUACAUAUACUGCAAAAGACGGAUAUGGUCUCACAGCAACAUGCAGUUUUACAUUCACUGUAAAAUAUAUAACAUGCGACACUCGAGAUUCGCCAAUGCACGGACGUCAAAAUUGUUCACAUGGAUAUAUUUAUGGAUCAGAGUGUGUUGUGGAAUGCUAUGAUGGAUACGAAGUUGUUGAUGGUGAUACAGCUACCUGCCUGGAAAAUAAAACCUGGGAUUAUACACCAGUUUGUCAGAAAACUGUUUGUCAGCCACCAUUCAACAUAACAAACGGAAAUGUUGCAUGUGACGACGAGUUGUAUCGUUUCGAAAGCGAGUGCCUUUUUGAAUGCGACAGUGGAUUUUCAUUGAGUUUGAAUAGCCCUAAAAAAAUGGAAUGUCAAGCAGAUAAGACAUGGUCAGUAGUGGUCACUAGCGUUGCGUGUACAGAUAAUGAGCCUCCAAACAUAAAGUGUUUGUCGCCGCAAGUAUUUUAUGCUGAUCGAGGUGGUUUCACAACAUCUGUUACCUGGGAAGGGCCUACGGCUACAGACAAUGUAGAUCCAGAUCCAGUCAUAAGAAAACUAUCGAAUAUUUCCCAAGGAGAUAUACUACCGGAAGGUGAUCACUAUGUUACAUAUGAAGCUUCUGAUGAGGAAGGGAAUACAUUGCCAGCGUUGUCGAAAUGUACCAUCACUUUGGAAGUAAAAGUAAUAAGAUGUUUUGCUGGCCCCACGGAUGCGCUGGACAAACCUCGGUUUAUUAAUUACAACUGCAGCGACACAAGAUACUAUGUUGGAGUUUAUUGCGACCUUGGAUGUGAAUUGAAUAUUCCACUCAAUGGCUCAGAUCGUAUGUCAUGUGAACGAAACGGAACAACUGACAAAGGUGUAUGGGUUUGGGAUUCCGAUGUGCAACCAUUGUGUGAAGUGGUAACUUGUCCACCAUUAGAUCCUCCGGAAAAUGGGGUUCUUAUAACUGACUCAGUAAAUGCCCGGCCACUUCAUGUCAUGUUGUGUAAGGAAGGUUACGACAUCCCAAGAGUUGUAACCGAAGCUUUCCAAGGAAGAUUAACCUGUCAAGACAGUGGCAAAUGGUAUCCAUUGUCUUCAUUUCCUGAUUGUAUAGUGCAAGUUAUUCCAGUGAUGAAACUGCCCGCUGAACUUAUAUAUACAGGGGAUUGCAAUAAUGAAACAACCCAAGAAAUAAUCAAACGACAAGUUCUUGGUUAUUUGGCUGGUGUAUUAGAAGAUGUUGACAAUUCAAUUUGUCCAGAUCAAGAAACUUGUAAAAUUGAGAACCUCGUGAUUGUUUGUGGUACAAAUUCGAGAAGAAGACGUAGGAGGGAGACACAGCACGGUAUUUUCAAACGCCAGGAUGGGAAAAUUGUCGUGACAUUUAAUAUAAUGGUGGAUUUUGAUGCAAGAAACAAGACAGCCGAAAACGCUUAUCUUGAUAUUCUAGAUUUCUAUGAAAACGUCACAGAAUUGAUAAAAGAAUACGUAAAUGAAGGAAAGUUUGAUAUUCAAAACUUAACUCUAUCCGUUGACGCUUUUAAGUCAGAUGCUUCACCUGAAUUCGUGUGUACUGAUUCCGGAUACAAGUUUGUGUCUGGGAGUUUGAAGUGCAAACCAUGUCCCAGAGGAACUUACUUGAAUUCAACAACAAGCUUUUGUGAAUAUUGUAAUAUCGGUGAAUAUAUGGACCAUGAAGCCGCAACAACGUGUGAGGUUUGUCCUUAUGGAUACAGCACGCUGUAUGAAGGAUCUAAGAACAUAACAGCUUGCAUAAAGCUAUGCAGCCCUGGGUUUGUGUCAAGCACAGUUAUGGAACCAUGUUUUGCUUGCCCAGUCGGUACUUAUCAGCCUCUUCUAGGUCAGACAAAGUGCGAGUCAUGUCCAUAUGGUACCGCGACCAAAGAAACAAACAGUAUCACUGCUAAAGAUUGCGAUACCUUUGAUAUCUUUAUCGGCACAUUAGAAGAACAAUCCGUAAUCGGCACAUUCAAUGCAGAAGAUUCAGCAACUUUAACAUUGUCAUUAUGGCUCAAACCAGUUAACCUUGAACAAUUCCGUCUGUCUAUAUACAUCACCGACAUAUUUGGCGAAACAAUAAAUAUAACAUUUUCUGACUAUGUUUAUGUUGUAUUGGGAUCAAGUUCUAAUAAUGCAAGUGAUGGGACGUUGACAAAAGACCAGUGGACCCAUAUUGCGUGUAGUUUUAAUACUAUCUCAGGCAGUAUGCAGCUUUAUGUUGGAGGAAAAUUGAUAAUGAGUGAAACGGCAGCAGUUAGAGAUUCCCUAGGAACGAUAUCAAAAGGAACCAUUGAGAUGGAAAAUAUAUCUAAAGGUAUAUACAUAUCUGGCUUCACUCUGUACAAUCGACAUCUAGAUCAGGCUGGUGUAACGUCUCUAUUACAAUAUUGUGCAGUGACUGCAGCGGAUGGGUUAUUCUCAAUGACUGAUAUGUUACCACAUCUCGUUCAAGGAAGUUCUAUAAUAUUACCGACGACCUGCGACCCGGUUAACGAGUGUGAGACGGGGCCAUGCGGUAUUCAUACGUGUAUAAACAAAGUGGAUGGAUUUGAAUGCAUUUGUCAAAAUGGAAUGACCGGCGAUUUGUGCGACAUACCACCAGAUUACUGUCUAUAUAAUGACUGUGUGAAUGGAGAGUGUGUUUCCGGCAAUGAAACAUAUAGAUGUACAUGCAAUGACGGCUACACUGGUGUAUUCUGCAAUAAACCACCAGUAAAUGGAGGCUGGUCAGAAUGGCAGGAGUGGAGCAGCUGCUCUGUGACAUGCGGUGGUGGAACACGCUACCGAAGUCGGAAAUGUAAUAAUCCUGUGCCGGGAUUCAUGGGCUUUGAUUGUGAAGGGAAUACGACGGAUACAGUUGCAUGCAACGAUCACACAUGUCCAUUAUGCCCAAAGCUGGAGAGAGAAUAUGGUACUAUAGUGACAUGUAGAGAUGAUUUAUCUGAAGAUAUUUUAGAAUGCAACAUGACGUGUGUAAGGGGAAAAUUUUUGGCAAAUGGACAAAGGCCAUAUGAAAAAUACAAAUGCGGUCCCACUACUGGCUAUAUAUGGGAACCAACCGAUAAGAUGCCUGCAUGUGUUGAUGUGACAGUUCCUGACAUACUUGGAACGCAGGUUAGCGUAACAUAUACAGACACUGUUUCUGAUUCCGACGUGGAUGACGUCAACUUAUCCUUAGAACAGAAGUUUAAUGACUUUAAAUGUGAGACGUGCCAAUUAAAGUCUACUGUUGUCUCGAAUAAUGUGUCGAAAAAUUUGUCAAAACGGUCAACUUCGUCUACAUUAACUCUGCAGUUUUCUAAACAUCUGACAGGCAAUGGGGAUAUCGCACUGGUUGAUUACUUAACAAACGGAACAGAAACACCGGCAAUGACAGAGCUGUUAGAUACAGUCCGUUCAAUAGUUGCAUUCACUGAGUUCAUACAAACAAAUUCAACAUCGAUUUUUGAUGUAAAUGUUGGCGGCGUGGAGUACACAACAGACAAUAACUCUGUUUCAUUUGCUGGGACAGUAACCUGUGCUGAUGGGUACGCUGGAGCAGAUGGACUAUGUGCGCAAUGUGCAGCUGGAACAAGGUUAAACUUUCUCGAUUGUGUAAACUGUGAAAUUGGAACAUACCAGCCACUUCAAGGUCAAAGUGAAUGCUUACCGUGUCCGAAUGGGUAUACAACACCAACAUAUGGUGCCGCAAAUAUAUCAGAAUGCUCAGUUAUAGCACAGACAUAUUCAUCUACAUACUCAUCUACGAUCAGCACAGUUACCAGUAAAGGCGAUGAAAAAGGAAAACAUAAAAAUGAUGAAACAGUUAUAGCACAGACAUAUUCAUCUACAUACUCAUCUACGAUCAGCACAGUUACCAGUAAAGGAGAUGAAAAAGGAAAACAUAAAAAUGAUGAAACAGAUAUAGCACAGACAUAUUCAUCUACAUACUCAUCUACGAUCAGCACAGUUACCAGUAAAGGAGAUGGAAAAGGAAAACAUAAAAAUGAUGAAACAGCUGUAUUAGUGGUUGUAAUUGUUGUUUGUGUAGUCGCCAUCUCCAUCAUUGUCAUCAUAGCUUUGGUAAUGUGGAAGAAACAUGCAAGACGCCCUUUUGAAACAAACGAAACAACCCCAAGUAACUUUACCAACCUCAAUAGUGAAGAAGUUAGUGGCCGGAAACGUGUUAUACGUCAAAACUAGCAGUUAUUUGUCUGUAUAAGAUACACGUAAUUGCGUUUUGUUUUGGUGACGAAUAUUCAAUAUGACUAUUUUUAACGUAUUUAAACCAUCUUUAAAGUACAUAUGUCACUUAAUAGAAUAUUAGUUAUUUAUGUCAUGAACAUUAAUCAUAAUAUUAUUUAGAUGAGACAAAUGAGCAAAUGUAUCCGAAUAAUUUAUUGAGUGUGUGGAAUUCCAUCUUGAUAUAUGUUGUCUGACGGUCACAAGAUGUCUGACUUUGUUUUUGAAAUACAUGACGAGUAGAAAACUAAUAACAGCAACAAUUUAAUACUAUCAAUGCAUGACAUAAAGUAUGUUUUUAUUUAGUGCAUGGUCAAUACUUUGAGGUUAUUUAACAGUGUUGAGUACAUUACUGAAUUCUACUGAACGAGUACACAGCAGUGGAAACCCAUAUUUGGAGUCCAAAUAUGGGUCAUUACUGCUGUGUACACAUCUAGUUUAAUCUAGUACUGUACUUAACACUGAUAGAUAACCUCUUUAUUUCAUACCAUUAUGAAAAAGAUAUUUCAGAUAAACAGGUAUUCACAACAGACUUUAAAUGAUGACUGGAAACAUUUCCAAAGGCUUUACAACAAACAUUAGAAGUUGACAAUCUUCUAUCAUAAUAUGUAUGUAAAUGUUCUAGAUGCUUUUACUCCCAGCGCCAGAAAAAAUGAAAACAACUCUUUGUCAAGUUUCAAACCAAAACCAUGUUAAUCGGAUAGGAAAUUAUUCUGAAAUAAGACGCUGCCGUUGUUUUACUGGUGUCUACAGACGGAAUGCAUUAUACAAAAGAAGUAAUUCCGAACGACAUUUCGGAAUCUUAGUUUUCCCGACCAGUAUGAAAAAAUAUGUCUGUAUUUUAAUAUGCUAACUGGUGAAAUACUGAAAUUUAUCAGUGAGAUAAUUCUCUAUAUCACUCAUAUUGUCAAACUUCUUUUUUUAGGAAAAAUUAUCUCCCUUGAAAUAUAUUCUUUAAUUACUGUCCCUUCGUUGCCUUUUGAAUUACUGAUACCGUGCGGUUAUCCGUAUUUCAAGCCCUACAAGAGUCAUGUACAGCUAGACAUUCCUGUAUAAAACAAACUGGCUGUAACGCUCCAAAAAUGUUACCUUUAUUGUUCAUCCACUUUUCAUCUGUUUAGAGCAGUAUUAUCUUUUGGUAGACUAUACUGGCGACAGCAUAUUUAGAUGGUUGUUGCCUUACUUAAUUAUCAGAAGACAGCAACUCAACCUUACUUAAUAUGCCAGUAUUUUUGUCAAAGUGCUUUCUCAGACAGUUCAGUUGUCAGUUGUGUUCCAUCCAAAUUUCACGACAUAAUUAGUUAUGCUAUGUGCUCCUAUAUCAAUAUUUCCUGUCAAUUUCUAUUGAAUCCAUGAUAAUAUCUAAUUCUGAAAACUUGAUAAAUCUAAGCUUCUCGUUUGUUCCUCAGCUGUGUACAAUUUUUCGUGUUUUUUUUUGUUUGACCUGACCUUCAUCAUAUGAUAUGGCAUUUGGUAAACAAAACAAGCUUACGGUCUUUCUACAAACUGACGGCAUUGACCCAAGAAGUUCUCGAUACACAUACUUAACUAUUGACAUUGCCACUAUAUGGUAACCGCGGAUCGUGUAUUUUUAAACAAAAUAUCUAAAUGAAAAAUGGUAUCGUAUUGGAUUGUCUCUUCCUUUUCGGUAUCACACAGUAACCAAACAAAUAUCCUCUAUAUUUUAGACUAUAGUCCCUACGAAAAAAUUGCCUUUCCGGUUCGAACAUUGCAUAUACUUAUUAAGAGCGAGUUAAAAUAUGUAGAUAUUUAAUAAUAAUAAGCAUGAAUUCAACGAAGUGAUACAAUGCUAAUUAUACUCUGUAAAAUAUCCAUUUAAAAGUGAAUAUUUUCGCGUUAAGUUUAAUAGGAAAUGACCGCUGAUUCUAGCUCUUAUUUUCUUUGCGGAUACUUUAGUUAAAGACGGAUUAAUCUCUUCAAGUUUCUUCCCAAAAGACAACUGUCUUAUGAAAUUAUAAACUAGACCUAAGCUAUUGUUUCAGACCCAAGUAUUAAGUAUUAACAUACACCUUGUUUGGUUAUUCAUCACUUUAAAUACGAUCUGCCGUUUAUUCUCUAUUUUUCAUCCUGAAUGUUCUACUUCACAUUACAAAUGUAAAUAUUUUGUCUCUUUUUCGGUGUGCAAGUUAACUCUGUAUAUUAAACAUUAUAUAUUGAUAUACCUUUUCCUACAUAUUUUAGUUAGAUUUGAUGUUUGUUGCUUAUGUUGCAUUUUAACUGUACCUGCUUUACCUUCAUCGUGGGUUACUAACACCGACGGAAAAUUUGCACAAGUACCAGUAUUGAACUUUUCUGGUCAGCCCAGUCGCCACAUGAUAACACUUGUCCCCUGCAAGUUUUGUAGCAAACUAAUAUCAUGGCUCAUCAGGAGGACGUAAGCGAUUUAUUGUAUGACAAUGCAAAAUUACGUUCGAUUAUCAAAGAUCAGUCUAGUGUUCUGUAACGACUGGCUAUUGGAGAUGCGAGUAAUCUUGCAGAGUUGCGCAUGCUCGCAUGACUGUUGACCGACUGGAGAAUCCGACGAUUAACCACGACCAGGUAAGACCACUGACGGCUUGUAGCACAACAAUCGCGCGACUGUUGAAGACCCAUCAAAGACCAACUAUGACCAGUUAAGACCAGUAUGGUCGCAGUCAGCUUUUUGAACAUGAUACGAUCCUCCCCAAUACUGAGUUUGGCCAUGUGACUAGCCAAAAUCAUACACUAUCCUUAGAGCCUAUGUCAAGGAUGUUCCGCAACUGGCCAGUCACUACCGAUCGCUCCUCCUCUUAGAUCACGUGAUCUUGAUAUGCGAAACCUCCGACAAACAAGCUUCAAAAUGACAGGUACGGUAAUGUUGAUAUGAUUGCCAUUAAGAUGUUGGCAAUAUUCCGUUCCUUACAAAGCAUUUUUGUGACUAAUAAGUUUGCUAAUUAGUUGUAUAUCAAUUCUAUAGAAUGAUUUCGGGACAGAAAUAACUCUACAAAGAAUAAAAGAUUAAAGAGGCUGUGUGUAAUCGACUUGGUGAUUCAAAAGUCAAAUGUUUCCUUAAGGCUCCGCGUUGAGUUAAGAAUUGUAGUUUUCUUCACUUUCGUAUGUUUUUCAAAUUCCUCAAUGUAUAUCGCAUUUUCAUAUGCUUCUCAAAUUAUAUAUUACAUUAUCGUUUGUUUUUUAAAUUUUUAUUCCAAAUUCUGUUUACUGUAUUAUCUUAUGUUCUCAUAUUCAAUAUUUCAUUUCAACUAUAUUAUUUCAAAGUCUGUAGUUGUUAAUUAAAACGUUUUCAAAUGUAACCCGCUCAAAGAAAGUAUAUUUUGUACUUGAAAGCGUUGCAUAUUCAACGCAAUAUGAACGUAUUGAACAAAGUUUUUGUAUUUUUUAUUUGUCAUUAAAUUUUCUAUUUACAUUUCGCUUGUUCUUCUAAAUUCUUGAUAUCAUCUGUUUCUUCAUUUUGAAUGUUAAUUCAUUCGGUAUAAAAAUGAUCCCUCUUUUCAUGUUAUUACAUUAAAAUUUGCGACAUCCAAUUUAAAUCAAUUUAUUAAAUCAAUAAAAGUUUUUAAAUGAUUGAAAGCUUAAAGCUUCAUUAUUUCUUGUAUAGGAAGAGCAUUACUUGUAAGAUAUUUCGAAAAAAAAAUAUAAAAAACUUAAUUUCGGGUGAAUCAGUUCUCUUUUUCGACUACUUGUUCAUUCACAAAAUCAGAACCUAUUUGUAAUUCAAUGAUUAAAUGUUUCAGCUAUGUUUUAUUUAUUACAUGUAUUAUAUAAAUAUUCGCCCUUUACAGACUUAAAUCUCCCUUAAACAGUGAUUUAACAUCUUCAGAUUAAGAACUAUUCGAAGAGAAUUCCAUACCAAUAUAUAGCAAAAUGAGUCAGUAAUGCAAGAUGCAUUUGUUAAAUUAUAGCAUUUUAAAUAAGAUUUUAUCAAUAUACUUAUGACAUACAUGUAUAUAUGACUGAUAAAUAAGAGGUUUUCGUCUUGUGACAGCAAUACUCUUUCAUCUCAAGUAGAGUGUUUUCAUCUGUAUUAUUUCGAAUACAUAUUUUAUGUGCAUGUGGGUAAAAUUUGAGUUAUUUCCAUUUACUACAAGAAUGGUUCGCAGUAUGCAAUGGCCUGACUUUACACUUGUUUAGCAUUAGUUUAUCUAUGCUUCUGGGAAAUCUACCUUGCCCUUUUUUGAUAUUUCAUCUUAACCUUUCCUCAUGAUAUAUGAUUGAAUAUCUUAUAUUUUCAAAGAAGCGAUUGUAAAUAUUUCUGUUUCUCUUAUUAAAUGUUUGGUGAU